AUGUGGGCCAAGGUCUUCGAAUACGAGUCCGCCAUCUGGCGAGCUCGCUUUGCUAAACACUACGACUUGGCCCCCGGAAGACCUUCCAGGGAGUUGAUGUUCGAAUACCAGAUCCGCGCCAUUGUGUUGAGCGCUCCAAUCCAAUUCAAAGAGAAAGAAUAUGAUCGUCAAUACCUCUGGAUGGAGGUCAUGCAGACUAUGCUCGAGGAAUCUCUGAAACUACCCAUUGCCCUUGGAGAGACAUCAAAGACCCUGCAACGCAUCCGUGAGACCCUGAGGGGGGUAGAUUUCCUAAGCGAGUUUCAAAAAGGAAGAACUUCAUCGCCGCUCUUUUAUGCUCUCCAGUUGUGCCUAACUUCAUUUGCUCUCGACCUAACCAUCACCGAACCUUGUCGUCGAACCGACUACGACAUCAAACAAGUCUACUCAUAUGCAGAAAGGGUGGGCGAGGCAUUCAUCGACCACGAUGACCUUGAUCUCGCCAAACUGCUGAACUUGCGCAAUUUCUGGCAACGUCACUUUUUGAACACAUCUGAGCUUACCUACCAAGAAUCCUUCUCUGGGCUGCCUGAAGAGAUGAAGCCCAAGACGCGAAAGGAUAAUCCAACCGAGGUGUCCAAACUAAGCCCAUCGUGGCUAGGAUACUACUCAUGCAUGCAUCCGCUAUCAGACCUGCAAAGGAUCAACGAGCGCCAGACAUGUGCUGAUCUUGAGACACAUGGCGACUCAAUCGACGUAAUGGUGAGUGGAUGGCGAGUUGCUUGGAAGGCUGCGAUGACCAUGUUAACAUAUGUCAAGACCCUUGACCUUGAACCCUCCUAUGAACAGUUCUGGCCUGAGCAAUGCAGCAAGCUCAUCCCUCUCGCUGGUGGCCCGGACACUAUGCGGACAUAUUUCGAUGGCAGGCAGAGAGCCUAUGCGGGCGCCUAUGAGGCAGGGAACUAUGUGUUCGGGUUUACCGAAGAGAUUGCUGUCCCCCAUGGUGGCUUUGGGGGAUGGGCCCGGAUUUGCUUCACCAUCGUUGAGGCAGAUGAUGAAGAAGAGGAAAUGCCCCCUCCUAUGGGGUGGAUGGUGAGGGCUGGAUCCAUGGGUAUGAGGCUAUCAUCAUUCCCGGUGGCCGCAUUAUGCUGGGACGAUGGGUGGAUAUGA